AGUGGGGGCACAGGACCCCACUAAAAAAAUAAAAAAAUACUAAUGUGUUUAUAGUUAUUAAAAAUUUGAGAGAGUGCCCCCGUCAAAUUUUCAUAUAGGCCCCCUCUUAUUUUUUUUUCUUUUUUUAUUAUUUCCUUUUUUAUAAAAAAUUAGGGUAAGAAUGUUUUUAAGUAUCCGCCGCUAUAGUUUUACUUUUUGUUUAAUUUUUUUCAAUUUAAAAUCCUUUUCUAAUUAUACUUUGAUAGGUUUUCUAAUACCAAAUUACUUUGCAAAAACACAAUUAUAAAAAUCGUCAUCUCUAUUGUUUCUCUUUGUUUUCAUCUAUUUUUUAAAUCAUCCAUCUAUUUCUCAAUUCUCUAAAAACAUCCUUAAAUCUGAUACUUAAUCAUAUAAAAAGCAAAGAACAACCAAAUUAAAAGAGAAAUCAAUGGAUAAAUUUCUCAAGAGAAAUUUUGCAUCGAUGUCUCAAGAUAGAGGUAAAGCUUCAAUCGACAAUACAUCAAAUUCUCAGGUUAGACCCUCAAUACCUGAGCAAAUUGAUUUACAUGAUUUGCCUUCGGAUCCGGCUGAUAGAAAAAAAAUAUUAGAGUAUCAUCCUAAUCAAAGAGAUGAGAUACGACGCAAAUAUUUGAUUAGGGGACCUUGUCAACCACGUGGUCAUGACUUUCCAAAGAAGAUGAUAGGGAAUAAAUUGAGACGAUUUAAUCCAGUCUGGUUUGACCAAUACGCUGAUUGGUUAGAGUAUAGUAUAAAGAAAGAUGGAGCAUUUUGUUUGUGCUGUUACUUGUUUAGAGAGCAAAUUGGGAAUGAUGCUUUUGUGACAGAUGGGUUUUCUAGUUGGAAUAAGACCGAGAGAUUGAGCGCUCAUGUGGGUGAUGUUAAUAGUUUUCAUAAUAAUGCACGAAAGAAAUGUGAUGAUUUGAUGAGGCAAGAUCAAUCUAUCGUGCAUGCUAUGCAGAAGCAAAGUGAUAUUAUGAGAAACGAGUAUCGUAUUCGGUUGAAUGCCUCGAUUAGUUCUUCUAGAUUUCUGUUGAAACAAGGGCUACCGUUUCGAGGUCACGAUGAGUCAGAAAAUUCUGAUAAUAAAGGAAAUUUUCUGGAACUUGUGAAGUAUACUGCAGAACAAAAUGAUAUUGUGAGUAAGGUUAUUUUGAAGAAUGCUCCGGGAAAUAGUCAGAUGGUUUCUCCAACAAUACAGAAAGAUAUUGCACAAUGUUUUGCAGAACAAAUAACCCAAGAUAUAAUUCAGGAGAUUGGUCAUGAUGUAUUUGGGUUGCUGGUGGAUGAGUCUAGUGAUGUUUCUGAUAAGGAGCAGAUGGCAGUUGUUUUUCGUUUUGUUGAUAAGAACGGAAUAGUGAAAGAGAGAUUCAUUGAGCUUAUUCAUGUGAAAGAAACAUCUGCUUUAUCUCUGAAGUCUGCUAUUGAUUCCUUGUUUGCUAAAUAUGGAUUGAGCUUAAAACAAGUUAGAGGACAAGGGUACGAUGGAGCAAGCAAUAUGAAAGGAGAAUUUAAUGGAUUGAGAUCAUUGAUUUCAAGAGAAAGUAGAGCAGCAUAUUAUGUCCAUUGUUUCGCUCACCAACUUCAAUUGGUCGUUGUAGCAGUUGCAAAGGAACUCUUUGAUGUUGGAAACUUUUUCGAUAUGAUUUCACUUUUGUUGAGUGUGGUUGGAGGUUCUUGCAAAAGAAAAGACAUGAUUCGAGAAAGCCAUAGAAUAAAAGUGAACGAAGAAAUUAAUAAUGGCGAGAUUAGUACAGGAACUGGGUUGAAUCAAGAUAUUACUUUGCAGAGACCUGGAAAUACUCGUUGGGGGUCCCAUUACAAAACACUGUUGCGCUUGGUUGAGUUGUUUUCUUCUAUCAUUGAGGUGCUAGAGUAUGUUGAGAAUGACGGUACAGAUACAGUUAAAAGACGUCAAGCCUAUGGUCUUCUCAAAUAUUUCCACACAUUUGAUUUUGUGUUCUAUCUACAACUGAUGUUACUCAUUCUAGGACUCACAGAUAAUUUAUCAAUGGCUUUACAGAGAAAAGAUCAAGACAUUUUGAAUGCCAUUUCGUUGGUAAAAUCUACAAAGAGACAGUUACAACAACAAAGAGACGCUGGAUGGAAUUUGCUUUUAGAUAAUGUGUCUUCUUUCUGUGAGAAACACAAUAUUGAAAUAAUCAAUAUGGAGGAAGAUUAUGUGGGUUCAAGGAGGCUAAGGAAAAAACCCAGUAUAAGCAACUUGCAUCACUAUCAGAUAGAUUGUUUCUAUACUGUUAUGGAUUUCCAGCUUCGAGAAUUCAAUGAUCGAUUUGACGAGAUGACUUCAGUUUUUCGGAGCAAGUAUCUCUUCGACAUGAACUGAGUAUCUACUUCGACAAUCUGAUGGAAGAUGACAGAUUUUCUAAUUUGGUUAAUCUUGGAGAUCUUGCUCGUCUUAUGGUGGAAACAAAGAAACAUCUUUCAUAUCCAUUGGUAUACAGGCUUUUGAAAUUGGCAUUGAUUUUGCCUGUUGCUACCGCGACUGUUGAGAGAUGUUUUUCAUCGAUGAAUUUUGUGAAGACAGCUUUGCGCAACCGGAUUGGUGAUCAAUUUUUGAGUGACUGUUUGGUUUGUUUCAUUGAAAAAGAUAUAUUCCAGACAGUUACAAAUGAAGCUGUUAUGGAUAGAUUUCAAAAAAUGAAGACUCGUAGAAAUCAGUUGUAAAAUAUAAAUAUUUUUAUGAUAAUACAAUUUUAUUAUUUUUUCUAUCAUACAUAAUACUGUGCCCCCGGUAUAAAUUUUUUCUGGAUACGC